AUGUCAAGCGGUCCUUCGACGGGCAGUGCCGGCGUCGAGCUCGUCCCGGACUCGUACAUUGUCACCCUGCAACCAAAGCUUGGCAGGGCCAGCUACGAAAAGCACUUUGAGGACGUCUACACGGCAUGCCGGGGCGUGCUCGCCAGCGACGGCGCACCGGCGCACGUCGAGAUGGUGUACGCGGACCCGAUCGACGGGCCCGAGCCGCAGGCCGUCAUGUACUUUGCCCACUUUCCGGCUUCGCUGGCCCAGGUCAUUGGCGGCCGCCGCGACGUCGCCGAUCUCCACCAGGAGCAUCUGGGGUUGCUUCGCGUUGCCGGCACAGCGCCACUGCGAGGCUAUAACUGGGGCACCUCGAGAAUCUCCCAAACGGACGCCGUGUUCCAGACGGAGUGGACAAACGGCGCAAAUGGCGUCAGCGGUCCCCCCCCGGAACCGGAGCACUUCGUCCACAACGCGCUGGCCUCUCGGGGCGGCGGCGCGACCGUCUACGUCCUCGACGGGGGCUGCGACCCAACCCGCUUCAACGUCCAAGGCGAGUUCUCCGCCGCCAACCUCCGUCGUUUCAUCGACUUGGACGCCUUUCACGCACACUUGAGAGCCAUCGGGGCCACCGGAAUAGCCCCCUGGCUCCCGUGGCACUGGUGCAAAGACUGGAAACAGGAGCGGCUGGAAGCGGCCGAGGGCCACACAGAAGCCGACACCGCGUCCUUCCACGGGACCAACGUCAGCCUCUGCGUCGGAUCCAGCAAGAGGGGCACGGCGCCCGAGGCCCGGGUCGUCGCCAUGAGGAUAAUCAAUGCCAAAGCGCAAACGUGCGCCGAGAAGCUCAUCAUUUCCGCUCUGCAGAUCAUACUCGAUCUCAAAAGCCUCGAGGCGGACGACCGGCCCAGCGUCGUCAACUGCUCGUGGGGCAUGUCCUUCGCCUCCUCGCAAGCGCAGGCUGCCAAGAAGGCCAUGACGGACAUGUUCGACAAGGUCAACAAGCUGGGCGUGCCCAUCGUCGUCGCAUCGGGCAACGAUCACCAGAUCCUGACACUGGACAACACGGAGCACCCAAGCACGCACUCGAGAAUCAGUUUGAGCGUUCCCGAGUGCCUUACGUACGCCUAUCUUGUCGGAGGAAGCGACUCCAAGAACAAAAAGUGGUUUGAUGGGCCGGGCGACGGAUCCAACUAUGUCGACCCGACCAUGCCGAAUCAGUACAAGCCGAAGAACCCCUUUAUAUGGGCGCCGGGGAAAGAUAUCCCGGGGUGCGUGAUCGAGAACGGGUGCUGGAAAUUGAAAACGGGUACUUCGUUUGCUGCGCCUCUUGUUUCGGGUGCCAUGGCGUGCCUGCUGGCUCACGAGAAGGCGCAGAUGGCUCAGGAUCCUCAGCACCAGGCUCGGACCUUGGAUCAGCUGCUGCAGACGGUCUUGAGAAAGAAGCAGGUUGACGGUGUGGACCAGGAUUUCCUUGCGUGGGACGAGCACUGA